AAAAUCAUUUAAUAAAACUUUUAAUUAGGGAUAAUUGGUUCGCUUUGGCUUGACCUCGGCACAAACUAACAGAGCAUUAGCAUUUCUCCUUCGUAUCACUGCCGCGACCCUUCUGGUUCUGGAUUCCGACGGUGCCAUUGACAACCACCACCUUUACUGGUAAGAUGGGAGAGCUGGCCACUGAGAAACAUGUUCGAUAUAUAUUAUCAGUUGAAAAGAGGAAAGAUAACUUUGAAUCUGUAGUAAUGGAGCAUCUGAGAAUGAAUGGGGCAUACUGGGGAUUGACCACUCUGGAUCUUCUAGGAAAGCUUCAUUCUGUCGAUGUUGAUGAGGUUGUUUCAUGGUUGAUGAGUUGUCAGCAUGAGUCAGGGGGAUUUGGUGGAAAUGUUGGACAUGAUCCGCACAUCCUGUAUACACUAAGUGCUGUGCAGGUGUUGGCUCUCUUUGAUAAGCUGAAUGUUAUUGAUGUAGAUAAGGUCACAAGUUACAUUGUCAGCCUGCAAAAUGAAGAUGGAUCCUUUUCAGGGGAUAUGUGGGGUGAAGUUGAUACGCGGUUCUCAUAUAUUGCUAUUUGUUGUCUAUCAAUAUUACAUUGCUUGGAUAAAAUCAAUGUGGAGAAGGCAGUGAAGUACAUUAUAAGUUGCAAAAAUAUGGAUGGUGGUUUUGGUUGCACUCCUGGUGGGGAAUCUCAUGCUGGUCAAAUUUUCUGUUGUGUGGGGGCCCUUGCCAUAACAGGGUCACUAGAUCUUGUUGACAAAGACCUACUUGGUUGGUGGUUAUGCGAGCGUCAGGUUAAAUCUGGAGGUCUGAAUGGGCGUCCUGAGAAACUUCCUGAUGUCUGCUACUCAUGGUGGGUUCUUUCUAGCCUGAUCAUGAUUGAUAGGGUUCAUUGGAUCAGUAAGGAGAAGCUUAUAAAGUUCAUCUUAGACUGCCAGGACACAGAAAACGGUGGAAUUUCAGACAGGCCAGAUGAUGCCGUGGAUGUCUUUCAUACAUUCUUCGGGGUGGCUGGACUUUCACUUCUUGAAUAUCCAGGGCUGAAACCGGUAGAUCCAGCUUAUGCUUUACCUGUUGAUGUUGUAAAUAGAAUUUUCUUUACUAAAGAAGGACUUAAGUAGUUAAGUUCGAUGAUAAUUUUCCAGUAAUGACAAAAUCUUGGGUUUGUAAGACUCACUCUUGGGAGUUGGACCCCCUCCUCCCAUCUCCAGUCCAAAAACAGUUGAUUUCUUAAAAACAGUGUGAACAUUUUGAGCAUCUUUUAGUUAAAUUGCAGUGAUACGACAUGUAAAGAUUGAUCAGUAUUGUAGUCAACCAUCAAAUUUAUCUUACUAGUUACUACAUAGCAGUAUAAUUUCUUUUGUUAA